AGGCAUUAGGAGUCGUCACAGACAAUGGUGGACAUCUGUCGCGUCAGUCACGCUGUUUGUAGCUAAAGUACUUUAUGCACUACAACUAUUGCAAUUGCGGAUACAUCAUUAGACUGGUAAAGCGCGCGGUAAUCUUAUUAGACUCAGGAAGACUCACAAUUAUCCAGUAAAUAAUUGUGAUUCUGAUGAAAACAUGCCUUUGUCGCUUGUCGGAUCUACUUUCGUGAUUACAACGAAACAAACGGGCAUAGUACUGAUAUCAGCAUCAUGGAGAGUCCUGUCCAGAGUCUCCUGCCGGUUCAUCUCUUUCGGUGGUGGCUCGACAGACAUUUUAAAACGUGCUCAAAAACAGACUGCCGAACGUGAAUGCCAAGGUACGCCUGAAAAUGCUGCAACUAUGCCAGCUUCCGUGGAUCGUCGAGAAAAUGGUCAGCCGAACAUGGCAGCAUACCUUUAUGAUAAUCAUAAAAGACUGCAUAAUUAUCUACGAAUUUCGCUUACUGAACGCUGCUCAUUUCGUUGUCGAUACUGCAUGCCGAAGAACGGGAUAUCGUUAACGCCACGGGACAAACUUCUCACAACGUACGAGCUAUUAUACCUUAUAGAUAUUUUCGCUAACCUUGGUAUAACCGCAGUGCGGCUGACGGGCGGAGAACCACUGCUACGAAAAGAUCUGGUCCAUAUCAUACGUCAUAUACACACCAACCACCCGCAAAUACGCAAGAUCGGUCUCACCACAAAUGGAUUAGCGUUAGACCGUAAUUUAGACAGUCUUAUCCAGGCCGGGUUGACCCACGUGAAUAUCAGUUUGGAUUCACUUGUGCCCACUAAGUUUGAAGAGAUCACUCGCAGGAAAGGGUUCGAGAAAAUACUACGAGCAAUAUUUAAUGCCCAACAACGCUUGCCCACCAAGGUGAACUGUGUCGUCAUACGGGAUUUCAACGAAGACGAAGUGCCUGCAUUUGUCGAGAUGACAAAAGACCACGAUCUGGAGGUGCGUUUCAUUGAAUAUAUGCCGUUUGAUGGAAAUCGAUGGAGCUUUGAAAAACUAGUCCCUCAGAAGGAGCUCGAGAAGCGAAUCCAUCGAAGCGUUCCAGACGUACACCCGUUACCUUUAGAGCCUCACCAUACUGCAAAGCUCUUUACAUCGCCAGCUCACCGUGGUCGCUGGGGUUUUAUUUCAUCAAUGUCUCAGGCUUUCUGCUCAUCGUGCAAUCGCCUGCGCUUAACGGCAGACGGUGUCUUGAAGUCGUGUCUUUUUUCGGCAAAAUCUGACGACCUGUCGCUCAGAGAUGUUCUCAGAAAGCAGUACGAUUUCCAGCAAACUACCUGCGAAGACUAUACUGAACAACACAUUUCCACUAACAUUAGCCAUAUAACACGUCUGCCUGGACUACUGGGCGAUAAUUUGCGCAAACUCGAUGAACUAUUGCAACACAAGAUUCGAACGCACCUUCGUAAGAAGCAUUUUAGCCACGGAGGAUCGGAUGUGACGAACUUGCACAAAAAUGACAACCGACCUAUGAUCACAAUUGGGGGAUAACCCGGAGGCACCCAUUUUCCUGCAUUGAUUCAUCUGAACUCGCUGUCUAUCAUCGUUAAAUUUUGUGAGGAAGGCCACUAUCUCAAUAAGGUUGCCACCUGUGUAAACACUUCAGUUGUUGAUUUUGGUUAGUUCUGCGGUCAUCACUAAAGCGAUCCGUUAAUUUCAGAAACAUCCCCUAUCAAGUUAAUGGUUGAGUAAUACGUACUUAGAGAACGAAGAAGAGAAUAGUUCGAUCGAAUCUACAAGCUUUUGAUCGUUGAUGCAUCGAUACCUAGGCCAAGGUGUUAUUUUAUCAACGAGUUAUCGGAUGGUUUUGUUCCAUGUAUAGCAAACUCAUGGGCAAUAAGCUGAACAAUCUCGGACGGGGCAAGCUAUAUACAAAUGGCUGAAAAGUUCAUAUGGCAUAAGUAGAUCGCCAAGCUUAAUCGAUGACAUGUAUGAAUGUUCCUGACGAAAUCAGAUACAAAUUUUGAUCUUUAAAAAGGCUGCUCGUGCCUGCCGAAAGGGUGGCAUCUUCCAUCAUAUCUUAUGAAAAAAGCUACAUUUUUACAAAAACCUUCGCAAAAAUUUUCAUUUUAGAAAUCUUGAAGCCACAAUAGCGCUAAGAUUUUAUCUGCUUCUUUUUAUAUAACGAAACCGUCCAAUCCCUUACACCAAGAUGCGAAACUAUAUUGAAGUACUUCAUAAUUAAACAUCCUUUUGUUUACAUUUAACUUUUAAAAAGUCUUCUAAUUCCCCACAAACGCCUGAUCCAAGUUUUUUACUCAGUUUGGUUCGCUCAAGAGAAUUUCUAGGUGAGGUAGUUUAUUUACAUAGUCGCCAUAAAGCUGUUGCUAUUUAUCGGUGCUACGUUCGAAGUCGUAUUCGAAAGAAGCAAACAAAAGUUGGUGCUGACUUUUCGACUGGACGAACUCACAUUAUUUGGUUGAAGAGCCCAAAAGGGUUCUCGACGUAUCGGAUGAAAGCGGUCGAAUCGAUCUGUAUUGCCGAAGCACAUGUCAAUGUUUUGAAAUUUGGGUGCUUUGGAAGGCCAAAUAAUAUAACGUAAAGAGUCGUGUAGUGGCGUUCGGUCAGCGUCUCCAAAAUAUACUAAAUGGACCAACUAAACUAACUAUUGGGCUUUGACGAAGAUGUUAUAGCUUAUUCAUCACCCAAUUCCACCUUAUUCUGUUUUGUUUUCCGCUGGGCCUAGUUUAGGUCAACAUCAAAUCCAAGCUAAAUAUAUCCUAGCGAUCUUUACACGUAUGUACACCACGAAUGUCUUUUUUCAGUAAAUAUGUCCCAAGUUCGACAGACAGUGAACGAAAAUAGUAGACAAUACUUUAUCCAAUAAGUGCUCCUGAGUUACCCGUUAUAUUUUGUCAAAGCUAUGUGAAAAAUUGGUACGAGUUUAUUGUGGACCAUAUAUGGAACUGAUAGGUAUGGUCGUCAUUUUGAAAAUGUAGUGCAUAUUCAUGCAUUCAGAUGGUUUGCAUCUAUAUGUAAUUCUUUAACGUGACUAUACUUCUUAUAUUGGGUAAAUUUCCUACACAAAGAGCUUCACCUGCUGCAGAAGAAAGUGCUUUGAUUGAUCUACUAUUUAUCGUAUACAGUAUGUAAACCAACUUGCGAUUUGGUCAAUAAGUCACCUAAGUAGCCAAAAGAGAAUGGAUACAUAAUUUGUUCCUACGGAAGGCACCACGUCGACAGGAAGAACAGUAGUGACUGGAGCAUAUGUUACUAAUUAUUCUUCCCUUAAAUAAAAAAGUCUUUGGCUUAACGUACAUAGGGAAGCCAAUAAACAUAGCGAUUUUCUAAACACAGAUGAAGUGCAGAUCCGCAAACUGAAAUUUGCAUAAAAUUCUUACACAGCAGAAGCUGUAUAAAGCCCUGACUACACACUGCCUUAAAUGAUGUGUUAUUGUAUACGGUCUGACAACUAUCUCCUCCAAUGUUUUCCUUAUCAGUGUGAUUAAAUAAAAAAACACAUUUCGGA